UUCAUCCAGAAAUUGAUACGAGCUAAAAUAAAUUUAACUCUUAAAACAUGUAAUUCGAAGUCGAAAAGUACACGUGUAUUAUCGUAAUUGGAGGUCUUGAGCACUUGUGCAUAUCAAUAUAAGCGUACACAAAUAUUUCAUGCAAAACAAUUUGCAUUAUUUUAGGGACACGUAAGUCUCUGUCGAAAUCUCGACUUCAAAUGUAAACAUGGAUAACUUAAAACUGUAUAUCAUCUGGCUUUGCUUUGUGUUAUCGGCGGCCGAACUUUUGGGCCCAGAGGCUCAAAAGAAGGACAAGGAUGAUGAGAACUCGGUGGAGAAUGUCAAAGAAGAAAGCAGUAAUGAUCCAGAGUAUUUCAAUGAAUUUUCUGAGGCCUUGAAUAACGAAUUCAAACAAAUGAAAGACUUAAGGGAAUAUGCUGAAGCAUUAAGUAAAGCAGCAGAAUUUCUUAAAGGGGAUGUAGGAGAUAAAGAAUUGGAUCCAGCGCAGGUAGAAAGUGGUCUAGAACAAGUGGAUCACACAUUAAAGUUGUUGAAGAAAACUUUUUUCAGACAUGAUCCCAACUGGCUCCAAGAUGCCAAAGGUGUGGGCACACAUGAAAAUGAAUUAGGGAAUUCUGCAGAAAAUCCACAGGAUAUACUUGACGCUCUGCCACCCUUACCUGAACAAGAGGAGCCUAUGCUGUCGCCCGAGCUACAAACAGCGAAAGAUAUAUACGAGGAUGCAGUGGAUAAACUAGAACGCAGGACCCCAGAUCUCCGCGGCACGAUACUGAGCAUCAAAGAAGCGGCUGAUACAGGUUAUGUACCAGCUAAGAUCAAGCUAGCCUGGUCGUAUAUCUACGGCGAGGGCGUGGAACUGGAUGUCCAGAAAGCGAAGGACAUAUUUGAAAAAUUGGCUGCGGAAGGAAAUGCAGAUGCUCACGGUGGUAUGGGGUUCCUGUACGCAAACGGCAUAGCUGUGCCGGUCUCGCAGGCUAAGGCCCUGGUUCACUACACGAUGGGAGCCCUGGGGCAAAGCGACUACGCACAGAUGGCGCUCGCGUACCGCCACUGGGCCGGAGUCACUGUACCCAGUUCCUGCCCCAAAGCUUUGGAACUGUACAUGAAGGUUGCAAGCAAAGUGGCAAGUCAAGUGAGCCUCAGCGGGGGCCCGGCGGUGCAUCGCGUGAGGUUGAUGGACGAAUUGGACGGCGUCUCCACCGGCUCCGCUCUCGACACUGAUCUCAUCGAGUAUUACCAGCUGCUGGCCGAAAAGGGGGACGUACAGGCGCAGAUCGGUCUCGGCCAGCUCCACUUCCAAGGCGGUCGCGGUGUCACACUGGACCAGAGCAAGGCGUUGCAUUACUUCAAGCAAGCGGCCAAGUCUGGCAACGCCGUGGCUAAUGCUUUCCUCGGAAAGAUUUACCUGGAAGGUGGGGACGGCAUCAAGGCGGACAACGCCACAGCGCUCGAGUACUUCAAAAAGGCAGCCGAGCUUAACAACCCAGUGGGACAGAGUGGCAUGGGCCUUAUGUAUUUACAGGGACGCGGAGUAGCGAAGGACUCUGCGAAGGCAUACAAGUAUUUCACCGUAGCUGCUAACCAAGGUUGGGUGGAAGGACAAUUGCAUCUUGGAUUCAUGUAUUUCAGCGGCAUCGGUGUCAAGCGCGACUUCAAGAAAGCGAACAAGUAUUUCUCCCUCGCCUCCCAGUCGGGCCACGUGCUGGCGCUGUAUCACCUGGCACAGAUGCACGCGCAAGGACUCGGUGUGAUGCGCUCCUGCCCCACUGCUGCGGAGUUAUUCAAGAACGUGUGUGAAAGAGGUCGCUGGGGCUCCCGUCUGAUGUUGGCGCACCGGGCCUACAAGGCCAGAGAUUCGGACUCUGCCUUCCUCCAGUACUUGUCUUUAGCUGAACGAGGCUAUGAGGUUGCGCAGAGCAACGCUGCAUUCCUUCUUGAUGAUGGCGAGACUCGCCUGUUCUCCGAGCCGGAGAGCUGGGCGCGCGCGCUGCAGCUGUGGUCGCGUGCGGCCGCGCAGGGCUGCGCCGGCGCACGCGUCAAGCUCGGGGACUACCACUACUACGGGCUGGGCACCCCGCAGGACUUGGACACCGCGGCGCAUCACUACCGGGUGGCUUCCGAGCAACUGCACAACGCGCAGGCAACUUUCAACUUGGGCUACAUGCACGAGAGAGGUCUCGGUCUGAGUAGGGACCUACACUUGGCUAAACGAUGCUACGACCUCGCGGCCGACGCGUCGCCCGACGCGCGUCUGCCCGCAGCCCUGGCCCUGGCGAGACUGCACGCGCAUUCUGCGAUUGAGAAUAUGCUCGAGUCCUUCUGGCAGAGCCCGCUAGCAGUGAUCUUCCUGACAGGCGAGUCGACAUUACUGUCCAACUGGGACGUCUACCUCAUCACGGUGCUGGUCGGAGCCCUGGGCAUCGUUGUGUACCUGCGUAGGCCUCCGCAGCCCGCCAAUUGAGCGACCGGGGAUACUUACUAAGACUAUUCCAUAUUGAAAUCGCGUGCUUUAGUGGUAUGACUUUUGUAAAGCGGAGACCAUACUGCCGCGUUCUUAGCGUCGUUCAAAUUUGCGUACUGAGUUCGGCCAAUCACAAGAGACUUUAUUGCAAGAUUUGCUUGCUCGCAAUCGAGUAGUCGUUUUCGAGAAUUAAACUCCAUAUUGUCAAAGUAAACCGGACCUAAUUUCAUUCGGUCUAGAGUCGCAAAUCCUGUACUUCUGAUUUUUGUUCCACAAAAACACAAUUCCAAAAAGAUUCAUUUUACUCAGAUCCUCAAGUAUUUCUAUACGCGAAAACGACUGCUCGAUUGCGAACUGGCAAAUCUUGUACUAAGGCUGCUCGGGCUUGCAUUUCUUGUAAUUCAUCAUAAUCAAGACACAAUUUUGUACGCCGUUAAGGACGCAGGUUGCGCGUUGAAACCGCGUUUUGGCUUUGCUUUAAUAAAGGACAACUUGGGACACGCAUUUUUCCUUUUAAAUGUAAAAAGUGCAAUAUUCUAAGAAAGAAAAAAAUACCAAUCGGCAAAUAACUUUAACACAAGACGUCCUUAGCGUAUCACAACGUUCUUUGAUUUUGACGCGAUACGCUUCUUUUUAGGGUUCCCUACUACCGUGGACUACUACUCUGAAUCGGUAGCGUACCGGUGACAAUGUGUUUACAAAAUGACUGGUUGAGCAGUUAAGGCGUGAAAGCGUAACAAACUAACUCGAAAAACAGUUAGUAGGCCCCAGUUUAGCUGAUAUUACAAAUAAAAAGCAAUAGUUAAAAAGAAAAAUAAUACAUUUUUUAACGUUGUUUGUUUAAGUCGUGAUGCAAGACUCCUUGCUAGUACGUUUUUACGUGAAAAACACAACGACCCUGUCAAGCUACUGACCCUUUUGAGAAACAGACUAUACAUUAAGAUAAUAAGAGUUCAUAUAACACGUUUAACAUAUAUGUUCUUGAUCGCAUUCAUACCUUUGCGGCAUCGUAAAUGGGUAAACGAGAAACGUGUCAUUAUUAUAAAUUAAAACAAAACUGAAUCAACGAUACCAAACUAAUUGUGCCCAUAUGUAAAUAAAAUGAGAACAAACAGAAAGCAAAAUAAAAAUGUUUAUUAAUCUACCAAAACGAACUGAAUUUUUUUUCGUUUUAAAAAAUUUCGCCAGUUGUGCUAUCCUUUUUCUACUCUUGCCUAUAGAUAAGGAUAGCGCAACUAUUCUCUCAAUCUGUCAUCUGAACAUUUUGUAUCCAAAGGGACCUUAAAAUAAGCUGACGCUAUUGCUCAAGUUAUUUGCCUGUUUAUAUUACUAGGUAUGUUAUUUGGAAAGGAGACUGGUCGUUUGGCCCGGAACUUGAUUUACUUUCAUUACAAGUACCAAAUUAGUGUCAAUAGAAUAUCACUUUUAGACUGCUUUAGUUUCAUUUGACGGCCGG